CUCGCUGAUAGGAAGAAGAAGAAGGCUUGUUCGUGCUCUUCGCUCAAGCUAGACUGUGGCUUUCGAUUUCAUUUUCGUUCUUUCUGAUUUCAUUUUUUUCGAUUUUAAUUUUGUCUUUUGCUUUCAUCCUUCGUGCCUAGGAGUUGUGGCUUGUGUUUAUGAAGAAGACGAUGUUCUCUCUUUUCAAUGAUUUUAUCGUUCUCUCCAAAGUUAGCGUGCCUCUCACCGUUCUCACCGCGAACAGAGUUUCUAACUUCUGUGACAAGAAUGAAGUUUUGUCAGCAAUCUCAAGUAGCCCUGAAGGCUUCCAUGUUGCCAUACUGGUGCAGGUCUCUAUAUCUAAUCAGGAAGUUCUGGCUGGUGAGGGCAAGAAGAAACCUCCUCCUUCAAGUUGUUAUCAAAGGCUAAUAAUGGAACCUCCAAGUUCACCUCUACACAUGUCAAGUCCACAAUUGCUAUUUCUUACAUGUUGUCACGUUCAUCUUGUGAAACUCAUUCAUGUUGCAAUGUCUGUCAAGGAUGCUAAAGUGAGUCAUUUUCCAAUUGCAGGCUUCCAAGGAGAUUCAAAAGAAUACAUUGACCCCAUUAACUGAAAAGAAAAGGUACAUGAUUUCUAACAUGUUAAUUAUAAUUCUAAUGCGAAACUGUUUGCUUUAAGUUUUUAAAUUUUUAUUAACCAAACAAUGAUAGUUGAUGUUAUUAGCUGAAGCAACACCCCUAUUGUUUGCUCCUUUUGAUUUUCAGCCUGGACCAUGGGAUGGAAUCAUUCAAUGUUUUAUCAAACGAGAUAAAUCUAAUUUAACAUACCACCUAUUCCUUUGUCUUAGCCGGGGUAAGUUUUCUAUUUGUACAUUUUUUUAAUGCUUGUACAAGAUUUGUUUUUGUAGAUGUUUACUCUGUAUGCAUGUGUGUAGAUCUUUGCAUGAGUGUAUGGUUUAAGAUAUGCAUGAGAUGGAACUUGAAAUACUGUAAUUUAUACUUGAAAUAGUUACUGCUAGUGGUAGAGAAUUUUGGGAAUGGGGUUUAUAGGUCAAGUUUAUAUUUAUAUUUUCUCAUUAUUUGCUCAAACCAACCUUCACUCAUUGCUUUGUGCAUGAAAGUCUGUUAGUUCUCCUGGUUUCUGUGUUUAUUAUUUCCCUUUAAGGUUGAUUUGAAGAUGAAGUGUCUUAAUUUUUUUUUUGUUAUAGUUUUUUUCUAUGCUUUUUGUUCAUGGUCUUCUGCUGAUCAUUUGUAGGAGUUCAUGUGUCCUUAGAUUCUAAUGUUUUAUUGUGUUAAUUCAGAAAAGAAAGUUCAUAUGGAGUGUGGUUGUGUUCUCGGGGUG